CUUGCCGCUCGUACAGUAACAAACCUAUUUUUAUGCAUAGCCUUAAAUUUGUGCAAGUAAGUCCUAUAUAUUGCAAGACUGCGAAGGAAACCUUAACACCCUCAAUACUACCUUAACGACUGCUGGAAUUCACUUUCUGCUGCUCCGAGGUUUGCUGCGUAAUAAACCAGAGGGACUCCACGCCAGUACAAGUUCAGUUGGUAAACUAGCUAAGUAUAGAGCUUUUUUCUGGGGAAGAAAUAAAAUUGUCUCUUGAAGGCUUAAAAAACAUAUAUUUUCCUUUCUAUAAAUAUUGACAAUUUAGUAGUAUUUAAAAAGUUUACAUAAAAGUUAUGGCUAUACAACAACUUACAAAAGAGUUUAAAGAGUUGAAAAUUAAUCCACCAGAAGGAUUUAACGUCGAGCUAGUAGAUGACGAUGUUUUUGUUUGGGAAGUUGGAAUAUUUGGGACACCUGAGACGAUCUAUGAAGGUGCUUACUUAAAGGCUAUCUUGCAUUUCCCAAGUAACUAUCCUUUUUCUCCAUUUAAAAUGACGUUUAUUACCGAGAUGUGGCAUCCAAACGUCUUUGAAGAUGGAAAAGUCUGUAUUUCAAUACUUCAUCCACCUGGCGAAGACCCUUUAAACACAUUUGAGCGACCAGAAGAAAGAUGGAGCCCGGCUCAGACGGUGUCAAAUGUGGUUAUGAGUGUUGUCUCGAUGCUUAACGAGCCUGAAACACGUUCACCAGCCAAUAUAGCUGCUUCUGUGAUGUAUCAGAGGAACAAAGAAGAAUAUAAUAAGAAGGUGCGAGAACUUGUUCAGCGGAGCCGAGAGGCAGCCCUCAGUGAAAACAUUGAAAUACCCACGACAGUGGAAGCAUACACAGCGCGCUCUGUAAGGGCUAGACAAAAGUCUCAACUUUUGCACGCCCGUAUGCAUGAAGAAGACGACUUCUUUAGCUUUUCAGAGACUGGAGAUAGCACGAGUAGUGAAUGCGGAUAUUCUGAAGAAGGCAGCAUAUACUAACUUGGACAUUUAA